AGCCCACAAAGCCUGUCCCUCUCUGCAUACUGCCGAGAGCGCUGCUCGGCCAUGGAAACAUUCGGACGCCGCGCGCAUUAAUAGACCCGGGUUUGUUCCACUUUGUUUUUCUGAAAUGUACGACCGUCUGGACCCUCGCGUGGCCGGCAAAGGAGUGCCUUCCCCGGGCAGAAUACGAGGAAGCGUCGUGUGAGAGAGGGCGCGAGGGGACGGGCUGUUUCCCUCCUCUCCUCCUGCCCUGGCCCCCUCUCUUCCUCUUUUUGCCGGAGAGAAGGCUAAAGACACACACAGGAAUACACGUUUUUUGAAGAUUUUGGCUUCUUUAUACGCGUCUGAGUCCUUCUGCGCCACCAGAGCAGAUCACGUGGGACUGAGAGUUGGAUCAAUUGUGCACAGUUGAGUGAGAGAGAAACUCCUCCGGUGUACUUGUGUGGAUAAGUGGGACUGUUGCUACUUUUUGCAUUACUGCAAGUGGAGCUAGUGUUGACCUGUUCUGCCCUGGGUGAGUGGAGUAUUAAGUUCUUUUAUGCCUGGGGUUUAAAAAACAAUGGAGACGCACAUUUCGUGCCUCUUCCCAGAAAUUUUGGCCAUGAUUUUCAGCUAUCUGGAUGUGAGGGACAAAGGCAGGGUAGCCCAGGUCUGUAUCGCUUGGAGGGAUGCGUCCUACCACAAGUCUGUAUGGAGAGGGGUGGAGGCCAAGCUGCACCUCCGCAGAGCAAAUCCCUCUCUGUUCCCCAGCCUCCAGGCCAGGGGCAUCCGGAGAGUCCAGAUCCUGUCCUUGCGCCGCAGCCUCAGCUACGUGAUCCAGGGAAUGCCCAACAUUGAGUCCCUGAAUCUGUCGGGCUGCUACAACCUGACGGACAACGGUCUGGGCCAUGCGUUUGUGCAGGAGAUCCCCUCUCUGCGCGUGCUCAACCUCAGCCUGUGUAAGCAGAUCACAGACUCCAGUCUGGGACGCAUCGCUCAGUACCUCAAGAACCUGGAGGUCCUGGAGCUCGGAGGCUGCAGUAACAUCACAAACACAGGGCUCCUCCUGGUGGCCUGGGGACUGCACAGACUAAAGAGCCUGAACCUGCGCUCCUGUCGACACGUGUCUGAUGUGGGCAUCGGGCACUUAGCGGGCAUGACCCGCAGUGCCGCAGAGGGCUGUCUGAACCUGGAGUACCUCACCCUGCAGGACUGUCAGAAACUCACAGACCUGUCGCUCAAACACAUCUCCAAAGGCCUGGCCAAGCUGCGUGUGCUCAACCUCAGCUUUUGCGGGGGCAUCUCAGACGCGGGCAUGCUCCACCUUUCCCACAUGACAUCUUUGUGGAGCCUGAACCUGCGCUCUUGUGAUAACAUCAGUGACACUGGGGCCAUGCACCUAGCCAUGGGCACGCUGAGGCUCUCUGGGCUGGACGUAUCCUUCUGUGAUAAGAUCGGAGACCAGACGCUGGCGUACAUCGCACAGGGACUGUACCAGCUCAAGUCCCUGUCACUCUGCUCCUGUCACAUCUCUGAUGACGGCAUAAACCGCAUGGUGCGGCAGAUGCACGAGCUGAGGACGCUGAACAUCGGGCAGUGUGUGCGCAUUACGGACAAAGGCCUGGAACUGAUUGCAGACCAUCUGACCCAGCUGGUGGGUAUCGACCUGUACGGCUGCACCAAGAUCACCAAGAGAGGCCUGGAACGCAUAACCCAACUGCCCUGCCUAAAAGUGCUCAACCUGGGCCUGUGGCAGAUGACCGAGAGCGAGAAAGUCAGGUGAUGGGCCGCUCCUCUGGGCUGGUUCAGUCUGGACAUAGGACAGCGAACUGGGGGGGACUUUUUAUUUGAACAGAAGCUUUGUUUCUCCUGCUCUUAUCAAAGGUGUGUAUCUAAAAUGACCACACUGUCUGAUCAGAUGUGUUUUAUUUGCCCUUUAAAAGUGUAGCAUUUUCAGAUCUGUGCUAGAGCAGUUCAGUCUCACCUUUUUAUCCAGUUUUAACAGUUUGCACGUCAUGUUCAGUUUAAAUAUCUUACUUACGAUUUCAUUUUUGCGAAACUAUGUUGUGCCUCUUCAGAAACAAAUUCUUUUCUGCAUUUGGCAUAUUAUAGGUCUAUUUUGUUUUAUUUUCCAUCAAAGUGAGAUUUUAAAACUAGCUUGAGCCUGUUUUGAUAUUGGAGGUUAUAGACAUGACUAGCUUCAGUGCAGCCAUCACGCCUAUUACAUUUGGCUACCUCGUAUGCAUUUGUGGAAGGGUGAAUAAACAGUAUUUAAAAAAGCAGAGCGUGAAUGAAAUAAAAAAAAUUGUGCCUAUAGGCCUGUGUAUAAACCUCCCCCACUCACCCACCCCAUCCAGGACUGCCACCUACCUUUGUUAAUUUUCUCAGUACGAAUGCAACACACAGCCACUAGCAGGAAGGCAACAGGGCAGUCCAACUUUGGAUUAUGCAUUGUUUUCAAGCUGAUGCAAAAUGUAUCAACGUCACAUUUUUGGUCUUAGAUUCAUUUUCAAGUCUAACUUUUAUCACCCCAAACUGUUAUUAACUUACUUUACUAAUACCUUCAACUUACAU